AUGUCCCGAUCACGCGCACCGCUCGCCCUUGGCCUCGCGGCCGCCGGCGGUGUUGGGUACUAUCUCUACUCGGCGGGCGGGUCGCCCAAGGCGGCCGAGAAGAAGUUUGAGAGCGACGCGCACAGAGUCGCAGCGACGAUCAAGGGCGAGGUGCCUCGCAGCGGCGUGGGCGCCGAGGCCGAGGGCAAGAAAUAUGGCCAGGAGGUUGGAGUCAAGGUCGACUCGGCUGUCGCGACCACGAACCGGGAUCUCUCCAAGGCCAAGAGUGAGGCCGAGGCCUACGCAAAGAACGCCAAGGCCGAGACGCUCAAGAAGAUCGACGAGAUAGACCGCAAGGUUGAGGAGGGCGCAGCCAAGUCGAAAAGCUACCUCUCUUCGUGGUUCGGCGGCAAAUAA